AUGUUGUCAAAUGCAGAGUCCAGUCGUCCAGUAUGCUACUACUGCAGUCUUGUUCUACCAGCGACUUGUGAAUGUUAUAGGCGAUCGAGAAGAUCGAUGACAGCGACUGCAGAUAAUCUCUAUACUUUUGCGAUGGCAGUAUCUGUGUUCGAACUUUGGCAUCCUGUAGCUUUAUCAUUGCCAGCACAUCUACCGAUUGACUCAGUUCCUCGUGACAGUUGUAAAGAGCAGUUCCACUAA